AAAAUAUUGUGAAAAAAGAAAGAGAAUUUACAAUGAGUAAAAUUUCCUUGAAAUUUCUGAAAGCGCAGAUGAAAAUUUUAUCAACCAUGUUUAUCCACGCUAGCCAAUAAGGUGUUACGGAGAUAAGAUAGCACGGAUUGACCAGUUUUAUAUUUAACGAAGGAAAAACGAAAAUUUAUGUAAAAACAUGCCAUCGGUAACAUUAAAAGAUGUGGAUCAGCAUAAGUUCGUGAAAGCCUUUGCAGCUUUCCUCAAAAAAACCGGCAAGAUGCGUGUGCCAGAGUGGGUAGAUAUUGUGAAGACAGCCAAAUUCAAAGAGUUAGCCCCCUACGAUCCUGAUUGGUAUUAUAUCAGGUGUGCAGCAUUGGUGCGUCACAUUUAUAUCCGUAGCCCAAUUGGGGUUGGUGCAGUUACCAAGAUUUUUGGUGGACGAAAACGCAACGGUACCCAUCCUAGCCAUUUUUGUCGAUCAGCGAGUGGUGUUGCGCGCAAAGCACUUCAAAGCUUAGAACAAUUGAAACUCAUUGAGAAAGCAUCUUCCGGUGGACGUAAAUUGACUAGUCAGGGACGCAGGGAUUUGGAUCGUAUUGCAGCACAGGUUAAAGCCAAGAGCAAAAAGCAGCUUAAGCUUCAAGAGACAAUUGUAAUUUAAUAUUUUUUCUCUAAUAAAAUUUAUAAGAAUGUAAAAUCA